AUGGCUGCCCUGAGAGUCAAAGAAGUAAGUGAGGUAUAUUUUGACUCGUUCUCCAUAUAUCUGGAAUCGGUUGCGAUUUUGCCGCAACUCUUCUUAGUGUCGAAGACGGGCGAAGCCGAGACCAUAACAUCUCAUUAUCUGAUGGCUUUAGGCUCUUAUCGGGCGCUGUAUCUCAUGAACUGGAUUUGGCGCUACUAUUUCGAGGGCUUCUACGACCUGAUCGCUAUUGUGGCCGGAAUUGUCCAAACGGUCCUCUACUGUGACUUCUUCUACCUUUACGUCACACGAGUCAUUCGGGGCCGCGCUCUGAGACUACCGGCAUAAGUAUAGAUGCGUUUGAAUGGCAAACACAAAGCGCUACAGCAAUACAUAUACCGAAAGACCAUAACUUAUAAAAUCGCACUUUAAUUUCUAAAAUAUCUAUCGAUUGUUAUGACAAACAAAAAACAAUUAACUGUUCAAAAAGUGCCUCAAAAUGAUUGGCAUUUUACGACUUUUAGCUCAU